GCGAUCAGCAGCAGCAUCCUGCAGCAAGGCUUCUACAACAACAUCAAAGGCCGGCACAUGAUCAUGCCUACUGAAAUACAAAAUCCCCUGUCUGCAGGCCACUACGCGGCCUUACACGAGGUGUGGCGCUUGGGCCUGUCCGGCUUCAACGCGGUUGCUCCGGAACGGCUGUUCACCGACGUUGGAAGCCAAGGCGGGGACGGAUCGGAUUGA